CACAACUCUCACGGCCACGCAUAACCGCUCUCCUCCUAGUCCUAGGCCCUAGCUACGCAUGCAUGCAGAGCUCCUCUCGGCCGCACCGCUCCAGGAAACUUCUGCCCAUGGCGCCAACGGCGAGCCCAUCGCCUGCCCCGGCGCCGGCGGCGCCCGGCAUUCUCACUCCCGACGACUGGCCGGCGGCGGCCUCUCCCGACGCCGAGAGCGCGCUCGAUUGGCUGAACGCUAACGCCAUCCCCGUGCUCGCGCUCCUCAUCUGCGGCCUCUUCGCCGCGAUCGCGCUCUACGUCGUCCUCCACUGCGCGUGCCGCGUCACCGCCCGCGCGUGGCACGCGUACGGCCACCGUUCCGGCGUCGCUCCGCAGGAGCCGGCUCCGCGCGCGAGGAAUGGCGGGCGCGGCAGAUGCGCCAAGCUUGAGGCACUGGCGCUCCCGUGUCUGGCCUACUCGGAGGGGCUCCGGCUGGCCGGGUCGUCGCGGGCGGAGUGCGCCAUCUGCCUCGCCGAGUUCGCGCGCGGGGAGCAGCUGCGCGUGCUGCCGCGCUGCAACCACGGCUUCCACGCCCGCUGCAUCGACAGGUGGCUCGCCGCGCGGCCGACGUGCCCCACGUGCAGGCAGCCGCCGUUCGCGGAGCCUGACCACGAGCGCGUGCUAGCCGCGGACCGUGCGCGGCCGGCACCCGUUGUCAGGGUGGUGCCAGUGGUAGUCGCCUAGUAGGUGGUGGCGUGGGCCGACGUGUGGAGAUUUAGCAUGCAUGAUGAUACGUUGAUUGUACAGUGCUAAUAGUACUGAACUUGUUAGCGAUCGGGCAGACGUUUUGAGUUGGCGUUACACCGUGGGAUACCAUGUGCCCGUGUGGAAUGCGUGCUCUGUUUU